AUGAUGAUAAGGGAGAAAGGUGACUGGAGCCUUGAUAGUCCUCGUGAGCCAUGGGGGCUGAUAUGGAAAAUCAAAACCCCUCAAAAAGCAAAACACCUAUUGUGGCGCAUUUGUAGAGAUUGCUUACCGACACGGAUACGUUUGCGAAAUCAUUUUGUUAAUUGUACUUUAGAAUGUCCAUUUUGCUUACAAAAUAUUGAGGAUGAAUGGCACCUAUUUUUUGAAUGUGAAGGAAGCAAAGAAGCUUGGAAUGUAAUGGGUCUUGCUCAUGUUAUUAAUCCAAGGCUGCAGUUAUUUGACAGCAUGAGAGAUCUUAUUUUUUAUGUUUGUGUUAAUGGAAGCAACACAGUGGCAAGAAGGAUGGCACUUCUUAUGUGGACCUUGUGGAAAAAUAGAAAUAAUCUAGUGUGGAAGGAGUAUAGAGUAAGUGCCACACAAUCAGGCUUCGAAGCACAACAUCAUUGGGAGGAAUGGCAUGCUGUGAGCUUGCUAGGAAUACAGACGCUGCAGCAAACACAUGAGGUUUCAACCACAACAUGGCAGCCACCAAUACAUGGUAAAGUAAAAUGCAAUGUAGAUGCUAGUUUCUUCAAUAAUGAAGGUGCAUGUGGUUGGGGUUGGUGCAUUAGAGGGAGUAAUGGACAAUUCAUUCUUGCAGGCUCAAACGUUCUGUUUAAGAAGCUCAACAUCAUUGAAGGGGAGGCAAUGGUGAUUAAAGAAGCAAUUGGAGGGUCUGCUUUAAAAGACCAAUUCCCUAGACUGUAUUCUCUUUCUGAACAAAAAGAGUUGCAUAUUAAUGAGGUGUUGUUGAUGAAUUCUUUUCAGCGCUCUAGUAUGGUUUGGCGGCGUCGGCUAUUUCAAUGGGAAGAGGAUCUGCUCGGCCAGCUGGAGGUUUUGAUGAGGGAGGUUACUCUCGGUCCUCACGAGGACCAGUGGGUUUGGAAUUUGGAAGAGGAUGGAUUUUUUUCGGUAAGUUCGGCUUAUGAACGACUUGCCUUGGAUUUGCUUACUGUUGAUCCUAUGUCGGAUUUGGUGGCUUCGGUUUUUGAGAAGAUUUGGUUGAGUCCGGCGCCUUAA